GUAGUUAGUUGUUUGUUUGGGUUUGUUUGGUGGCUACUCCGUCCUUCUAUAUCUAUCUAUGUAUCUAUCAUUAUCAGAGAACUUCAAGCGCACCGGUAGCGAUUAGGGGUAGAUGUGGAGUUGUGUGGGAGCGUCAGGGUGACCAAGAUGUAGGCUUAUUUAUAUAUGCGUAAGGUCAAUCUCAAACAAAGAGAAACAGAGUCUAUCACGAUUGGACAGGACUCCUGGCUGCCAGAUACAAUCAACAAAAGCGGCGUGCUGCUAACAUGAUCUCGACCCGGGCGGGGUGUAGAGGGUGCAUGCAACGCCACAAGGCGAUAUACUUCUGCUAACCACAUUCGGGCAGAGGAGCUCGAGUCAGCAAUAGGUAAAACAUCCACUAGUACCAGUGAGGGUGAAGUGAGGAUUGGGCUGGCUAACAUCAUCUGGCUAGAUCAUAUCCUGUGAUAAGGAUCUAGAAUAGGAAUAUUUUUAGUGUUAAUGAGCACAGCUCUCUUUCGGAAGUUCCUGAUACUCUCCACACCGCUGUUUGCUGUAUUUAUGCUCGUCAGGUGUACGGAGUACUGGUUCCCCGUGUUAUAUAUACACUCCACCGUAACAAACAGCAGCUACAGCCACCUCCAUGACCAGAAUGGGUGUCGUGAUAACAUGAUCAAUGGAGCUGGCGCUUCCAUGGUUCAUUGUAAUAUCAAUGUUCUCGUCAUUGGUGCCGGAUUCGUCGGCAUCUGUCUACAUUCUACCCCAUCAGUCGAGAAAAGAAGGGCCAAAAGCGAGGAUUGUCGGAGCCGUGGAGUAUACCAGACAAGAAUUGACUCUUAUCAUAAGGGCGGUGCUCUUUCCAUAGUGAUAAUCUCGCAAAUCAUAGGAGAGGAUGGUGGAAAAUAGCAGAAUAGAAACCCAUCGAUUUGAAUGAAAAGCGACGUUAAGUUUACUGGAUAGCACACAUGAGCAAGGUUUGAAGUAUGCAUUGUGUCGGGGGUGUCAAUUCUGAUAGUC